ACUCUCAUUCCGCAGAGAGCGAAACAAACAUGGCGACAGAAUGGAGUGGGAAAGGGUGCACGCUAACUUUAAUACUGUUCCUCUGGAGUAGAGUCUGCGGGAAUAAAGCGGAAUCCUUGGGCAGCGACAGCCGGAUCCUCGGCAUGCGGCUGGAGAGGAGCGACAAGCCGGCCACGACCACCGAGGACGGGAUCAUACAGGUAACCGAGGAGAGCGACAUCCAGCUCAGGUUCUAUGGGCUGCAGAUCAGCAAUGACACCUGGGCGCAGAUUAAGUUCAUGGAGCAGGGCGAGGACAGCAGCUCUGACUCCAACAGGACUUGUGGAGACUUCACCAAAGACAUCUCUGUGAGGACUAGUAUGAGUGUGAACAGCCAGGGAACGUCUGGUGUGCUGGGAGUCAAAAUCAAACCACUUAGGAAAAGUGAGUCCCAGAGGGAUUAUGGGCUGUGCAUCAGGCAGAACGGGAGGUGGUUUUCACUGGGAGAACAUGAUGGAAGGUUGCGUGUGGUGGAGGAGAAGAAGUCCCUGCUGCCCAUAUGGUUCCAGGUGAUCCUGAUCUGCUGCCUCCUGGUGCUCUCAGGUAUGUUCAGUGGGUUAAACUUGGGGCUCAUGGCUUUGGAUCCCAUGGAAUUGAGAAUCGUCCAAAGCUGUGGGACGGAUAAGGAGAAGAAGUAUGCGAGGAAGAUUGAGCCCAUUCGUAGGAAAGGAAACUAUCUAUUGUGUUCGCUUCUUCUGGGAAAUGUGUUGGUGAACACCACGUUGACCAUCCUACUGGAUGAUCUCAUUGGUUCAGGUUUGGGUGCUGUGGUGGCAUCAACCAUUGGCAUUGUUAUCUUUGGAGAGAUUGUUCCUCAAGCGCUCUGCUCUCGCCAUGGUUUGGCAGUAGGUGCCAACACCAUCCACCUCACCAAGUUCUUUAUGUUUCUGACUUUUCCAUUGUCUUAUCCCAUUAGCAAGCUUCUGGAUUGCGUGUUGGGGCAGGAGAUUGGCACAGUGUACAAUCGGGAGAAACUGGUGGGGAUGCUGAAGGUGACCGAGCCAUACAAUGACCUGGUGAAGGAGGAAAUGAACAUGAUUCAGGGCGCACUGGAGCUUAGGACUAAAACUGUGGAGGAUGUCAUGACUCCACUUAAUAACUGCUUCAUGAUCAAUAGUGAUGCAGUUUUGGACUUUAACACCAUGUCGGAGAUCAUGGAGAGCGGAUACACGCGCAUUCCUGUUUAUGAGGACGAGAGGACCAACAUUGUGGACAUCCUGUUUGUAAAGGACCUGGCCUUUGUGGAUCCUGAUGACUGCACAACGUUGAAGACCAUCACUAAGUUCUACAACCAUCCGGUUCACUUUGUGUUUCACGACACCAAGUUGGAUUCAAUGCUGGAGGAGUUUAAGAAAGGUAAAUCCCAUUUGGCGAUUGUUCAGAAAGUCAAUAAUGAGGGGGAGGGAGAUCCGUUCUAUGAGGUGCUGGGAUUGGUCACUCUGGAGGACGUCAUCGAGGAGAUCAUCAAAUCUGAAAUCCUGGACGAGUCUGACCUCUACACUGAUAACCGCAACAGAAAGAGAGUCGCACACAAUAAGAACAAGCGAGACUUUUCUGCCUUCAAACAUGAGAGUGAGUCUAAAGUGAAGAUCUCUCCUCAGCUGCUGCUGGCCGCUCACCGCUUCCUCGCCACAGAGGUCAGCUUGUUCAGUCCGUCUCAGAUCUCCGAGAAAAUCCUGCUGCGUAUCCUCAAACACCCUGACGUGAUCCAGGAGAUCAAAUUCAACGAGAACGACAAGAAAGCUUCACUCCACUACCUGUACCUGCGUGGCAAACCCGUGGACUACUUCAUCCUCAUCCUGCAGGUACUGACACACUGACCUUAUCUGUCCUUACUAGAGUAAAGACACUUGAGGAGCUUUCAAAGCCAA